UGCUACGCUUGUUAAUAUCAUUCUUGUAUGUAACUCUCUAACUGGAUCACUAUCUCUCGGACGAGCUUACUAAUCUGGAUGCUGGUUGUGUCAACGAUGUGGAUUGGGAUGAUCUUUUGGAACCUUGUGUGGUGUGAAGUAUUAGAUCAACUUGUUUUUUUUUAUAAUUAUUGAGAGGGAAGAGCGAUAUUGUUAAUGUGUGGUGUGAAUUAUUUGGUCAAUUGGUCAACUUAUAAAUAAAAUAAUGACCAUUUAGCAAGCAUGAUGGAUCUGACCACCAACCCAAUGAUUGAUUAUAUGCCCACUUUAAUCUCAUCAAACAGUUUCUGGGAAUUUAGACACCAAAUCUGUCAUGAGAAGAGCAGGAGAAGACACAGUGGCAUGGAGGUACUUUCACAGAGAUGUUGUGCCUUUUGCUGCAAUGUUUGUUGUUGAGUGUUCCACUGUUGGGUCGAACACACUGUACAAGGCUGCAUCGUUAAGAGGAUUGAACUUCUAUGUCUUUAUCUUUUACUCUUACGCUGCUUCAACACUUGUGCUUCUUCCACUUGCCCUCAUCUUUGGAAGAUCUAAAAAAUUACCUUCAGCCAAGUCUCCUCUCUUCUUCAAGAUGUUUUUACUUGGGCUUUUCGGGUGCAUGGCGCAGAUGGUUGGGUUUAAAGGUGUAGAACAAAGUUCUCCUACUCUUUCCUCUGCUAUGAGCAAUCUCACGCCAGCUUUCACAUUCACCCUUGCAGUUAUCUUCAGGAUGGAACAAGUUGUGUUAAGGAGCUCUGCGACUCAGGCUAAAAUCAUCGGUGGAGUACUGUCUAUAUCUGGUGCUCUGGUUGUUGUGCUGUAUAAAGGCCCAAAAGUUCUAUCUGCUGCAAUUUUUACACCUUCAUCAUCUCCAACUAAUUCGCUUCACCAGCAGUUGACUUCAUCAGAGUCAAGUUGGAUAGUCGGUGGCCUUUUGCUUGCGUCACAGUUCUUUUUAGUUUCAGUCUGGUAUAUUGUUCAGACUCUGAUCAUGGAGGUAUACCCUGAAGAAAUAACAGUAGUCUUCUUCUACUACUUAUUUGCAACAUUAAUCUCAGCACCUAUAUGUUUAUUGGCUGAAAGGAACUUGACUUCUUGGGUGAUAAAACCAGAUAUUACCCUCGUUGCAAUCAUAUACGCGGGAGUCUUUGCUUCAUUAUUCAGUGUGAUAACCCACACAUGGGGUCUGCAUCUGAAGGGUCCUGUCUAUGUAUCCUUGUUUAGGCCACUGUCUAUUGCAAUUGCAGUUGCCAUGGGUGCUAUAUUCCUCAGUGAUGCACUUCACCUCGGGAGUGUCAUUGGAUCAGUAAUAUUGUGUUUUGGAUUCUACACUGUGAUUUGGGGCAAAUCAAGAGAGGAUUCAACCAAAGCUCUAGCUGGUUCUGAGCAUUGUUCACCCUUGCUGCUUACACACGUCGUAGAAGAUGAAGGCUUGUCAUUAAGAUAAGAUUGAUGCAAGUGAAUGAUAAUAUGCGUACACUAUUAAUUUGUAAAUGCGGGUGGAGGGUGAUAACUUUGUAAUUAUUGCGUUAUGCUGGUCUCAGAAACAUUUUUUCACAAUACAAAGUUACCCAAACAAAUGAGUAUUCUUCUGUUUCGUUUUAUGGAGAAUUUUCAAAUGGAA